GACCGGCGUUUAUAAUCCUUCAAACCCAUUUCUCUAGGGCCUUAUGAGCUAACAGUCUAUACGAAACUACCAACUGACAAUUCUCAACCUCGUCUGGGACAACAACUCGGUAGAUCACAAAUCCACGCCUGCCAAGCAUAUUACAUUUAGCAUCAGUCCCGCCGAAUGAGCACCGCGGACGCUCUGACAUGUCUGGCAUUUUCGCCUGACAGCCAGAAAAUUGCCAGCGGUACUGCUCGUUCGGGGGUGACCAUCACCACCAUAUCGUUAGAGAGCAAGCACCAACUAGGAACCCUUGCAGAUGCCCAUACAUAUGUCACUGCUAUAGCAUGGUCCCCUGACGGAGAAAAAAUAAUAAGCGCCUUACCGGACCACACGAUACGUUGCUGGAAUACUACUUCAACACUCCCUAUAGGACAACCAUUCAAAGGGCACAAUGACUUGAUAUUCACCGCGGGUUUUCUUCCCGACUCAUCUCACGCAAUAAGCUUUUCAAGGGAUGGAGAGUUGCUCGUAUGGGACACAGGGAGCGGGGUAGUCACUCAACAAGUAACAGUGUCAAAUGCUGCUCAAACAACUUUUGUGGCGGCUCUAUCUGCAGAUAGUGGCCUCCUCGUUACCACCGAUACAAAGCAGGGCGUUGCCUGGGAGAUACCGAAGUGCGCUCGAAUAGCGGAGAUUGCACUUCCAGAUGUACCAUUACUUCAAGCCGCUAUUAUUAUUCCGAAUGGUCGUCCUCGAGUGGUGCUUGGAUUUGGCGACAGGUCUGUCUGGAUAUGGGACGCAAAUACAGGGAAGCAUGAAGAUGUGCGCUUUGAAGGCCUCGAUAAAGGUGAUAUCCCCUUGGCUAUGGCGGUUUCUCCAGAUGGCAAGCUUUUGGCGCUGGAAAUUGAGAGCGACAUCGAUCACCCCACGCAUUUCUAUGAUAUGAACGGCCACAAACUCACUACCUCCAACUUGAGAUGUACCCAUCCAUUUGCAUUUUCACCAGAUGGCAAGUUGUUUGCAGCCUCGAGCAUACCCUCGGAUUCGAAGGAUGGCUCUCAUAAGCUAAUUGUCCGUUCAGUGGAAGAGAUUCUUGGUGGCAGUCCCCUUGAUCUGCCUGCGACGAUUACCCUGAAAGCCAAAGGAAAACAACGUUCGCUGGGACUCAACCCGGCGUUCUUCGAUCAACCGCCACCUGCUUCUAUAAAUACAAAUGGUCGCCCCCAGGCCUCCCCAAGGACUAACGCCAAGGGUAUCCUACCUCUUCCAAAAAUAUGGCAACGGAUUCGUCAUCCUCGAUCUUCUGAGGCGAAGUCCAAGGUAAGGGAACCUCAACAGAUGCCCCCAAGACCUGCCAGUCGGGAACGGGCUACCGCACCUCUUGCCAACCUUUGGACGCGUAUUCGUCACCGUCCAUCCCACAGGGCGGCGUCGAUUCCAAUUCUUGAGGUACCGACCGCACAAGCGAAAAGGUUUCACGUCGACAUCGGAAAAAUACCCGAUCGCAGUCGAUGUCGACUGAAGGCUCGGCUCAGGCAUCUAGUGACAUUAGGGAUAAUCACAAAGAAGCCACAGCCUCACCUUUGCGCCAGACAGUUACGUCUCAGCACGACUUGGCGCAGUCAUCUAGGCAAGCCAGUCAACCAGGACAUCCACAAGGCCACGACGAUAGAAGGAACCGGGAGAGCCUUGGUUCAGGGAUCGUUUACGCGGAGCGUGAUACCCACAGUGUCAAAGCGCAUGGAUGCUGGAAUGUUUUUUGGAAUUGGUUGUGCUACAAAGCGUUGUGAUAUCGCUUGUCUCCUGGUUGACUAAGUUCUACACAUGCAUGACAUGGGUAUGUUAAUAUGCAAACUUUUUUCCUGUGGCUUGCUGUGCAGGUCUUAUCAAUGCUACAUAUCUUGUAUGGUUUGACAUGUCAAUUGUUGUGAUGAAGCUGCCAGUCGCCCCAUGAAUCAUGAUUGUGGCGAUUACAUAAAGAGCUACGAUAGAGGGCCUGGAAUAAUAUCCCCGGGUCCACUUUGGGUCCACUGACCCCAAAGGACAAUAUAUUUUCAACAACAAAACGAACACUACUUGCUGGAAGGCCGGUAGACCUUUGGAAUAUCCUAAUGUUGGCCUACCGCUUCUCCUCGGACACGAUCAGAGGGAAGA